GGAAAAGGAUAAACCCUGUUUCUUCCACUGAAAAUUCCACACACAGAAUGAAGCAAAUGUCAUCACUGGACCUUUGCACCUCAAUUUUUCCUUUGUUCUCUCCAAUCCCCAAGUGUUUCCCUUCUCCAACGGGGUUCUCUUUCUCCAAGCCCCGCCUCUGCCACCUUAAUAUUCGGUGUCGAUUUCUUUCUCCGCCGGCUGCCACCCAGUUCUCUUCCGACAAAGAAAAUGAAGAAUUAUUGUUAGCAGAAAUAAACGUAAAUGAAGAAGAGUACGAGCUUGAAUGCGAUUCGUCCGAGGAGGAGGAGAAGAUUAAUUUUGAAGAGUUUGAACGCCAAGCCCAACAAGCUGUGAAGGACUAUUCAGAUUCCUUGUCUCACCAAUUGAAAAUCGAAGAUGAGACUUCCAGUCAAAAGGACACUCGUGGGAAGCAGAAGAGGAGAAAUAAUACCACUUACAAUGUUCCAGAUCAUCUUCUUCCAAGGGUUGCAAUUGUCGGAAGGCCAAAUGUUGGUAAAUCAGCACUGUUCAAUCGUCUUGUUGGGGGGAACAGAGCCAUUGUGGUAGAUGAACCUGGUGUGACAAGGGAUCGUUUGUAUGGUAGAUCAUUUUGGGGAGACUACGAAUUCAUGGUAGUGGAUACUGGAGGUGUUCUAACUAUUUCUAAGUCACAGACCAAUGUGAUGGAAGAAUUGGCUGUCUCUACAACCAUUGGCAUGGAGGGGAUUCCCCUUGCCUCCAGGGAGGCUGCUGUUGCCAGGAUGCCUUCGAUGAUUGAGAAACAAGCUACAAUGGCUGUAGAAGAGUCAUCUGUCAUCAUAUUCCUUGUUGAUGGUCAGGCAGGUUUAACUGCGUCUGACAUGGAAAUCGGAGAUUGGUUACGGAAAAACUAUUCACACAAAUGUAUUAUUCUUGCUGUCAACAAGUGCGAAUCUCCUCGUAAAGGAGUAAUGCAAGCUUCAGAAUUCUGGUCUUUGGGGUAUUCACCACUUUCUAUAUCUGCUAUAUCUGGGAGUGGAACUGGAGAGCUUCUUGAUCUUGUUUGCUCACAACUAGAAAAAAUUGAGACAGAAAACAAUGAAGAAGAAGAUUAUGUUCCUGCAAUUGCGAUUGUUGGCCGGCCAAAUGUUGGUAAAAGUAGUAUUCUGAAUGCUUUGGUUGGAGAGGACAGAACAAUAGUCAGUCCAGUUAGUGGAACAACACGUGAUGCCAUAGAUACUGAAUUUUCUGGGUCAGAUGGUCAGGUGAGUUAUAUGACUGCUGCCUUCCUUUUCUAACAUGAUAGAAUCACUUGCAAACAUUAGUAUUUGAACGAUUCAACACUUCUUUCUGAUUGGCUAAAUUUACAUACUCAAUUAUUGAUUUUAUAAUUCAACACUUCUUUCUGCUUUUUUUAUUUUUUUUAUUCAAAUGUAUUAAUGAUUUACUUUGUAGUAUUUGAAUGGUAAGUUGUAAUACAAAUGGAAGAACCUACCAGUUUUAAGUUGCAAGGGAGGAGAAAGGUUGUUCUGGAAUUUGUGCCAAGAGGGAAGAGGAAGAAUUUUAAUAUGACCCUGCAACGGAAAUUUUCUAAAAUGCUCAUGUUAAUUCUCUCCCUGAUGGAGUAGAAUUGAUAAGGCACAUCUAUGCAUUAGUGAU